GGGGGCGGGCACUGAGAGAGGGGCCUGGCGGCCGUGCGGGAACCAUGGCGGCCACGGAGGCGGCGGCGGCUGGGUCCGCGGCUCCGGCCCCGGGUGUCCCGGCUAUGCCGGCGAGCACGCGGGGAGCCGCCGCCGCCUCAGGCCCGUGGAGGCCGUCGGAGUCGCGUCUUCAAGGAAGCCGACCGCGACCGGCCAGGGCUCGGGCCGCGGCCCCGGUGCCACCGGCCCGGGAGCUGAUCCAGCCGUCUGUGAGCGAGCUGUCCCGGGCUGUACGCACCAAUAUUCUGUGCACUGUGCGUGGCUGCGGCAAAAUCCUGCCUAACAGUCCUGCGCUCAACAUGCACCUAGUCAAGAGUCACCGACUGCAGGACGGCAUAGUAAAUCCAACAAUAAGAAAAGAUUUGAAAACUGUCCCAAAAUUCUACUGUUGUCCAAUUAAAGGAUGUCCUCGAGGCCCUGACAGACCAUUUUCUCAGUUCUCUCUGGUUAAACAGCACUUUAUGAAAAUGCAUGCAGAAAAGAAGCACAAAUGCAGUAAAUGCAGUAAUUCCUAUGGCACCGAGUGGGACCUGAAACGGCAUGAGGAGGACUGUGGCAAGACCUUCCAGUGUACGUGUGGCUGUCCCUACGCCAGCAGAACCGCGCUGCAGUCUCACAUCUACCGAACCGGCCACGAGAUCCCUGCAGAACACAGAGACCCACCUAGUAAAAAAAGGAAAAUGGAAAGCUACCUACAAAGCCAGAAGUUGUCCAGUAAAACCACCGAACCAUUGAGUGACCAACUAGCCCCUCACCAGGAUGUUCAUGAACUGGAAGCGCCGGAAGUAAAGCUGGUGGCGUCGUUUGAAGACUCCUGCAGCCCUCAUGCCAAAAAGCAGAACAUCGCAGCACCUCCCCGGGGCCCCCAAAAGUUGCUUUUACCAAAGCCCAAGGUGGCUCUGCUUAAACUUCCCAUCAUGCAGUUUUCCCCCGUGCCUGUCUUUGUGCCUGCAGCAGACGCCUCGGCCCAGCCUGUGGUGUUAGGUGUGGAUCAGGGUUCUGCAGCAGGGGCUGUGCACUUAGUCCCCUUGUCAGUGGGAACCCUGAUCCUCAGCCUGGAUUCAGAGGCCUGCUCCCUGAAGGAGAGCCUGCCUCUUCCGAAAAUUAUUGGUCCUGUUGUUGAGCCAGUCAGUGCAGGUGUUCCGGUGAACUUGGGGAAGAGCCCCUGCAGCCCUUUACAAGAACUAGGGAAUGCAUGUCAGAAGGAUGGCAUCUCAACCAACGUGCAGACGGAUCUAUCCUACGCCUCACCCAGCUUGGUACCUUCUGCUCAGUGGCUUGGCCCUGAUUCCUCCGUGUCCUCGUGUUCUCAGACUGACCUGUCAUUUGAUUCUCAAGUGUCCCUUCCUGUUAGUGUCCACACCCAGACAUUGGUGCCCAGCUCUAAGGUCACUUCAUCCAUAGCUGCUCAGACAGAUGCAUUUAUAGAUGCCUGUUUCCAGCCAGGUGGGAUCUCCAGAGAAACCCAAACCGUCAGGAUGCGAGAUCCCACAGAUGAUCCCGUGCAGGUGGGCCACACUGGCCUGUGUGGGGACAUUUUUGAAAGUGUCCAUUCAUCAUUCAGUGUUCCCACGGACAGCAUCAUCAGUAGCGGUUUAGUUUCAGAGACAGUAAAUCACGGUCUGUUACCUCAGAAUGACCCUAAGAUAUUAAGCCAAGUCAUUGAAAAGUCUGCACCCUUGUUACACUUCAGUGCCCAGAACAGCAUGCUUCCCUCACAGAACAUGACAGAUAAUCAGACCCAAACCAUAGAUCUACUGAGUGACUUAGAAAACAUCUUGUCAAGCAAUCUGCCUGGCCAAGCACUGGAUAACCGGGGUCUUCUGUCCGACACGAACCCCGGGCCUGAUGUCCAGCUCCCAUCAGCCUCAGCCCAGAAUUCUGGGAUCGAUUUUGACAUUGAAGAAUUCCUCUCAGCCUCAAAUAUCCAGACCCAGACUGAAGAGAGCGGACUCAGCACCAUGAGCACUGAGCCUGCCUUGGAGUCCCUGGAUAUCGAGACCCAGACUGACUUCUUCCUCACAGACCCCUCGGCGGCACAGCCCUACGGGUUCAGGGGAAGUUCAAGCUUCUUAGGCCUAGAGAUGUUUGACACACAGACACAGACAGACUUAAACUUCUUCCUAGACAGUAGUCCUCACCUGCCCCUGGGCAGCAUCCUGAAACACUCCAGCUUCUCCAUGAGCACUGACUCCUCUGACACAGAGACCCAAACUGAAGGUGCCUCCCCGACUCGACACACAGCUGCUCUGGAGAGCAAGGUCCAGCUGAACAGCACGGAAACACAGACCAUGAACUCUGGCUUCGAGCCCCUGGGGAGCUUGUUCUUCACCAGCAACGAGACUCAGACAGCGGUGGGUGACUUCCUUCUAGCUGAUGUGGCCUGGAACACAAUGGAGUCUCAGUUCAGCUCUGUGGAAACCCAGACAUGCUCGGAGCUGCACGCCGUCUCCAGCUUCUGAAGGUGCAGCCAGCUCCCCUCUCCUUGUGGGUUUAGAACAUGGGGACAGGACAGCUGCACCAACUAGGGAUGGAGUUGGUGGGACAGCUCUGUAGAUUCUCCGCAGUUCUUGGCGUUUUGUACUUGUGAACACAGUUGGUGUACAAAUGUGAGUGUAUUAUAAAGUGUAAGGUGUUAAUCUAAAAAGUUUCAAUGUUGCAUACGUUGGCUCCUGUGUAGCUAUUCUUUCCAUCUUUAAAAAAAAAAGGCAUUUCACACUGUAAAACUUACAACCAUUUAGCUGAAGCCAAGCUUACCAGGUAGUAGGGUGCAAGCUUUGCAACUGCUUAACCCAAGAAUGGCGCACUUGAAUGGCACCUCCAACGUGAGACAACCAUGCGUGGCUGCUGACUCACGCUGCCACCCCCUUGCCUUGUCACCUCCCUUCUGACUGGGAAACACUAAGGGAAGCCCCAGCUGUCUUGAGGUUUUAUGACAGUUUUUACACAGUCACUGCGGUCCCUUCUUUCCCGAGCAGUGAUUGCCGCCAGCUUUGUUUGACGUCCUUUCCUGUCUGCAGUCACUGGCCGGCACUCCUCCGUGUACCUAGCAGUCCUAGUGAGAGGAAGGCACCCAAACCGGGGUGGGGACAACAGCGCUGUGGAAUCCUGCCAUUUUGUUCGUCUCGGGCUCAUCCUGCGACAUGGAAAAACUUUGUUCUCACAAUUGUUGAUCAAGAAGAUCUCAGUGACCAAAUCUGUGGGAUUGCCACAUGCUAGCAGGCAGCCAGCUGUGAGCACACAGGGGCUAGAGGAUAGUCACUUCUGUUUGGGGCCCAGGACCCCAGAGCUUCUAACUAUAAAUUGGGGUUCCUGUGACUCCCCACUCUUUGGGCUCAGUUAAUAUAUUAGAGAGGCUUACAGAACUCAGGGACACAGUUAUUGUAGAAUGGGUGGGAAAGGGGCACAGGGCUUCCAUGCCCUCUCUAGGCAGAGCACCUACCAAGAAUCUAUAUAUUUAGACUUGUAGAAACCCUCCAAACCCAGUCUUCUGGGGUUAAUGGCUGCUUUGUAGUAUGGGUAGAGUUGCUCAAAUCAUUGCCAUUAAUGAUCAACUGAACCUUGAGUGCCGCCUUCCCCACUGGGUUGGGAGAUAGGGAUGAAGCUGAAAAUACCCCAACCUUUCAGUCAUUAAUCAUGCCGUGCUCUCCUGUGACUUGUCCCCAUCCUAGCUACCUGGAGGCUACCAGCUACCAGUGACCUCAUAGCAAGCAAAAGCAAAACAUUUCUUCUAAAUAUUUUGGAGUUUGGGGGUGUUGUGUGCAAAUACAUACUUCAUAUCAUCAUACCCACAAACAUCCUUCCCAUUCCACAGUAGACCCUGGGGGCUACCCGACUGCUUCCCAUAAUGUACUCAUGGACUUUCUGAGAAUUACAAAGGGAAAGUAGGGUGAGGAAAAGACAUUCCUGCUAGUCCCUUUCAGUACUUUUUACACUUCUAAUCUUGAUAGGAGCAGCUUGCCUACCAAGUCCUUCCAGCCACCCCCCUUUCCCCUCCCCCCGAUUCUCACACACACACACACACCCGCUUUUCCUUGAAGGAAGCACUUGGGUCUGGCAAGCAUAUUAUGUGUACCUUGAGACUAGCAAUCGUAGGGUAGAUCCAUCUAAAGUAUGCUAGUCUAGAUUCUGUUGUGAUACAUUCUUUAAAGACAAAAAGCUGUAGACCAUUUGCUUCAAUAAUCAAGAAUAGUUUCUGCGUUUUGAGGGGAGAACGUGGUCCAACACGCCUUGCGGGCUCUCUGCAUUACGUAGAUCAUGGAUUAGUAGUUGUUGCCCAAUUCUCAGGCAAACCAGGAUGAGCAGAGCCUGGGGAACCAUCCAGUCUACCCUGGAAAGCCCUGUGCUUUCUGUGCUGUAUGCUUGUGCUGCCAAAAGCUGAACCCUUAGAAUAAAACCUAAGGGGACUGAUGAUUCAUUAGGUACAUUGGUGGUAUUGCCAAUGUUGUGUCCCAUUCACUUGAUGCAAAGAACUCCGUAAUGGGCUGAUAACACACCCAGCGGGUGAGUGCACCCCAGUAGCUAAACAGUGGUUUUGGUCAAAGUUGCCCGUGAAUGUGAGUGUCAGAACAGACAUAAAGCCUUAACUUAGAUUUCCUGUUGUGUUUUGGAAUUGUCACUGCCUUAACUCAAGCAUCUAUUUAAGCCCUCUGGCUGAGGGAGAAAUGCAUGUCUGCUCGUGGCUUUUUGUAAAUAUAAGUGCAGCGAUCUAUGGCUUUAAGUUUUUGUUUCUGUGGCAAUGUCUCUUUGAUAGUUACAGAAAAAAAAAAAAUGGAGCAUGUAAUUGUCCUUCAUGUGCAAGAACUGUCCCAACAAACCCUUAGUCACCUGAAUUCUAAGGUUGUUUGUAAACACAAAUUCGGUGAUUAAAGAGAAACUAGAAUUCUA